ACAAUGUUUUGGAUACUGGGGUACCAAAUCUAGAGCAUUUUGCAAAAGGUCCACCUAAAAUGACAAAGAACUUAAAAAAUGGUAAAAUCGCACAAAGUAAUGUUUACAUAGUCUGUUUUUAGUCGAUUAAAGGCCGCUGCCAAAUUAGUGUUAGACGGCGUUACCGUAAAUGUUUGUCGACGCAGCUCUUUGUGUGGCAAUAUUACAGCUGUUUAUAUAAAAAAAAACUAAUUUUUAAAAAAAAAUCUCACAAAAAAUUUUAAAAGUAUAAUUAUUAAUCAAAAGCACCAAAAUAUAAAAAUCAAACUCUAUAUAAAAAUCUGAUUAACUAUUUAAAGAACAUGUCCGUGGAAGAAUUAAAUGGCUCCGAAUUGGGCACCAAAGACUACUGGGAACGUGCCUAUGAACGUGAAAUAACAAAUUAUAAAAAUAAUGGAGAUGUUGGUGAAAUUUGGUUCGACGAAGAUUCACAAAUGCGUGUUAUCAACUGGAUAAUGAAACAAGAAGACAUAGAAGAUGACGUAUCCAUUAUUGAUUUGGGCUGUGGCAAUGGUAUGCUGCUAGUCGAACUAGCACGUGAGGGUUACACAAAUUUGCUUGGCGUAGAUUACUCAGCUAAAGCUGUGGAUCUAGCCGAAAGUAUAGCUAAAGAUCAAGACUUAAAAAUCGCAUACAAACAAGCAGACUUAAUGGAUGUUGAAGCUUGCAAAAAAAUGGGUGAAUUUGGUAUAGUACAUGAUAAAGGAACUUACGAUGCUAUUAGUUUAUGUCCCGAAAAUCCUAAAGAACAAAGAGAAUUAUACAUGCAAACUGUGAGGAAUAUGAUGAAUGAGACAAGUAUAUUUAUUAUUACCUCCUGUAACUGGACCGAAGAAGAGUUAAUCAUUAGUUUUAAGGGGAAAUUUGAGAAAUUGUGUAGCAUACCAACACCUUCAUUUAAGUUUGCCGGUAAGGUGGGCAGUGUGGUUACUUCUAUAGUAUUUAAGAAAGUUUUAGAAACUCAUUGAUUUUUUUACAAUAUUUUUUUUUUUUUGUAAAUUAAAGAAUAAAUAUAUAUUUUGCAUUUUUUUUAA